UACAGUCACGGAGAUGGGGAUAUCCGGCUUGGUUUUGCCCUCCACUUCACAUAAUCAUCGGAGGAAUAGUACUUGCUAAUCAGUCGAGUUCCAGUGAGCCCUAAAUAAAGUUGGAAGGACUUGGAUGUGAAGUGUUGGAAGAAAGGGUGCAAGUGAGUUGGUAUAUGUGAAGGGCAAAUCACAGUUAAGACAUGAACCGUGGAAUUUCACGAUGAUUGUUCUAGUGUAGAAAGUGGAUCAAACGCUGACAAUUCUAGAAGUGGAACACCUACACAGCGCCGUAAAGGUCGUGCCAAUAAACGUGGAAGGAAGAAAGUGAUUGGGCCUGCUAAAAUGGGUUACAAGUUUGGGUGUUAUUUAAAGGAAGACCAUGGACAGCCAAUAUUUGGAGUGCAGUUCAAUCAACAUCUGCGUGAGGGUCAGCCUCUUGUUUUUGCAACUGCUGGGAACAAUCGUAUCUCGGUUUACCAGUGCAUAGAAGAUGGUUCGAUAAAAUUACUUCAGUGCUAUAGUGAUCCUGAUACAGAAGAAAACUUCUAUACAGUUGCAUGGAGUUACGAUACUGAAACAGGAAGGCCAAUCUUAGCAGCAGCUGGGUCACGAGGAGUUAUUCGUAUUUUUUCACUUGCUACCAUGCAGUGCGUUAAACAUUUUAUAGGCCAUGGAAAUGCCAUAAAUGAACUUAAAUUUCAUCCUCGGGAUCCAAACCUCCUAUUAUCAGUGAGUAAAGACCAUGCCCUAAGGAUGUGGAAUAUCAGGACAGAUAUCCUUGUGGCUACCUUUGGUGGAGUAGAGGCUCACAGAGAUGAAGUUUUAAGUGCUGAUAUUGACAUUGAGGGCACCUGCAUAGCAUCAUGUGGCAUGGAUCAUUCCCUAAAAAUUUGGAAACUUACAACGGAUGCUAUGUCAUCAACCAUUUCACAAUCCUAUACCUUUAAUCCUAGUCGAUCUGUGCGUCCAUUUCCAACCUUACAACAGAACUUUCCAGAUUUUUCAACCAGAGAUAUCCAUCGAAACUAUGUAGAUUGUGUUCGUUGGCUUGGAAGAUUUAUUCUCUCAAAGAGUUGUGAAAACACAAUUGUAUGUUGGAAACCAGGCCUUUUGAAUCAGACAGAACUUAAACAUAAUGAUACAAACGUGACCAUAAUACACAAGUUUGACUACAAAGAAUGUGAAAUUUGGUUCAUGAGGUUUGCAUUAGAUUUUUGGCAAAAGGUGCUAGCUGUUGGGAACCAGUUAGGCCGUACUUAUGUCUGGGAUUUAGAUAUAGCUGAUCCAGCACAAGCACGGUGUUCAACUCUCACUCAUCCAAAAUGUGUAGCACCAAUCAGACAAACUGCAUUUUCGAGAAAUGGUAAUAUUCUUAUAACAGUAUGUGAUGAUGCUACCAUUUGGCGUUGGGAUCGAGUAGCUCAACCAUAGUUAGAAGUAACACUUUGUAACUGUUACUAUUUGUUGUGUACCUGUUUUGUAAAUGAUGUGUAAUAAAGUGAUCUUUUGGAAAUUUAAAUAUAA